AUGGCUGAUGCGCAGAACGUCUCGCUGGACGGCCCGGGGAGUGUGGGGGCCGUGGCCGUGCCUGUGGUCUUUGCCAUCAUCUUCCUGCUGGGCACAGUGGGCAACGGGCUAGUGCUGGCCGUGCUGUUGCAGCCCAGCCCCAGUGCCUGGCAGGAGCCGGGCAGCACUACGGACCUGUUCAUCCUCAACCUAGCGGUGGCCGACCUCUGCUUCAUCCUGUGCUGCGUGCCUUUCCAGGCCGCCAUCUACACACUGGACGCCUGGCUCUUCGGGGCCCUCGUUUGUAAGACGGUGCACCUGCUCAUCUACCUCACCAUGUACGCCAGCAGCUUCACGCUGGCCGCGGUCUCGGUGGACAGGUACCUGGCCGUGCGGCACCCGCUGCGCUCGCGGGCCCUGCGCACGCCGCGCAACGCCCGCGCCGCCGUGGCGCUCGUCUGGCUGCUGGCGGCGCUCUUCUCGGCGCCCUAUCUCAGCUACUACGGCACCGUGCGCUACGGCGCGCUGGAGCUCUGCGUGCCCGCCUGGGAGGACGCGCGCCGGCGCGCCCUCGACGUGGCCACCUUCGCCGCCGGCUACCUGCUGCCCGUGGCCGUGGUGAGCCUGGCCUACGCGCGCACGCUGCGCUUCCUGUGGGCGGCCGUGGGCCCCGCGGGCGCGGCGGCGGCGGAGGCCCGGCGCAGAGCCACGGGCCGCGCGGGGCGGACCAUGCUGGCGGUGGCCGCGCUCUACGCCCUCUGCUGGGGCCCGCACCACGCGCUCAUCCUCUGCUUCUGGUUCGGCCGCUUCGCCUUCAGCCCGGCCACCUACGCCUGCCGCCUGGCCUCGCACUGCCUCGCCUACGCCAACUCCUGCCUCAACCCGCUCGUCUACGCGCUCGCCUCGCGCCACUUCCGCGCGCGCCUCCGCCGCCUGUGGCCCUGCGGCCGCCGCCGCCGCCGUGACCAGAUGCCUGCUUUGUCCACCAAGCAUGCCGUAUCACGUGCCUGGCAAGAAAAGGGCCAGACCCUCCCUACACCCGAGACUGGUCAUGGAGACUGA